AUGGAAUUUGUCACUGAAUUCUUCUCCAAGAUCGACUACUCUCAAAAGACGUUCAAGUAUUCCCUCUUUUUGAUCUGUUUCAAUCCAACCUUUUGGAAUGUUGCUGCCAGACUGGAAUACGAAGACAAGACCCUCACCAAGUUUGCGAGAGGCAAUGCCCGCUACGGGUGUUACGGUCUUGCGGUGGCAAUUUUCUCGCUCGGUAUCUACCGUGAUUUCAUCUACGAGCUGGCUCUCCGCACCCAGCCCGUCAUGGAUGCCCUUACCCAUCCCCUUAUCAAGGUACUCGCUGUGUUGAUCUUCCUUUCCGGUAACGUUUUGGUUUUGAGCUCCAUGUGGGCCCUUGGUGUCACCGGCACCUACUUGGGUGACUACUUCGGUAUCAUGAUGGACGAGCGCGUUACUGGCUUCCCGUUCAACAUUUGUAGCAACCCAAUGUACGAUGGUUCCAGUUUGUGCUUCUUGGGUACUGGCUUGUAUUUCGGCAAGCCAGCGGGUAUCUUCACCUCUUUUUUCGUGUUCUUGGUGUACCGUUUCGCCUUGUUGUACGAAGAGCCUUUCACCGCCAUGAUCUACGCUAAGAGAGACCAAAAGAGCGCUCAAAAGAAGGCCGAAUAA